AUGAAAAGAUGGUGGUUAAAUUCGAUGUUAUUUAAGAAGGAGUUCGAACACAGAUGUAGGCUAAGUAAAUCAACGAGCAGUCUUGGUCCUAUUGAAAAUGCCAGCGAAAGUAAAGAUCCGAAUAUAAAUGAUACGGAUAAAAACAUUCAGAGUUGGGGUGGUCAUGACAAUUACAGUAAUGUUGAUCUUUUUUUUGGCGUCAAAGACCUUCGGAAUUUAAUCUCUGAUGAUACUUUUUUAGUUAAAGAUAGUAAUGGGGACAUUUAUUCUUUAUAUUUUGAUAUUGAAAAUCAUAUUUUUGAGAUUGACAAUGAUCAUCCUGAACUAGAAAGUUCUUUUUAUCGGAAUUCUAGUUAUCUGAAUAAUGGAUCUAAGAGUAAGAAUCCCGAACACGAUCCUUACAUGAAUGAUACUCAGUAUACUUGGAAUAAUCACAUUAAUAGUUGCAUUGACAGUUAUCUUCAGUCUCAAAUCUGUAUUGAUAGUUACAUUGUAAGUGGUAGUGACAAUUCCAGUAAUAAUUACAUUUCUAGUUCCAUUUGUGGUGAAAGUGGAAAUAGUAGUAAAAACGAGGAUGCCAGAACGAGUGAUCCAAUUAUACGAGAAAGUUCUACUGAUCUGGAUGUAACUCAAAAAUACAGGCAUUUGUGGGUUCAAUGCGAAAAUUGUUAUGGAUUAAAUUAUAAGAAAUUUUUUAAAUCAAAAAUGAAUCUUUGUGAACAAUGUGGAUAUCAUUUGAAAAUGAGUAGUUCAGAUAGAAUCGAACUUUCGAUCGAUCCGGGUACUUGGGAGCCUAUGGAUGAAGACAUGGUCUCUCUGGAUCCCAUUGAAUUUCAUUCGGAGGAGGAGCCUUAUAAAAAUCGUAUCGAUUCUUAUCAAAGAAAGACAGGAUUAACCGAGGCUGUUCAAACAGGCAUAGGGCAACUAGACGGUAUUAACGUAGCAAUUGCGGUUAUGGAUUUUCAGUUUAUGGGGGGUAGUAUGGGAUCCGUCGUCGGGGAGAAAAUUACCCGUUUAAUUGAAUACGCUACUAAAGAAUUUCUACCUCUUAUUAUAGUGUGUGCUUCCGGAGGGGCACGCAUGCAAGAAGGAAGUUUGAGCUUGAUGCAAAUGGCUAAAAUAUCUUCUGCUUUAUAUGAUUAUCAAUCAAAUAAAAAGUUAUUCUAUGUACCAAUCCUUACAUCUCCUACUACCGGUGGGGUGACAGCUAGUUUUGGUAUGUUGGGGGAUAUCAUUAUUGCUGAACCCAAUGCCUACAUUGCCUUUGCGGGUAAAAGAGUAAUUGAACAAACACUGAAUAAAACAGUACCCGACGGUUCACAAGCGGCUGAGUAUUUAUUCCAGAAGGGCUUAUUCGAUCUAAUCGUACCACGUAAUCCUUUAAAAAGCGUUCUGAGCGAGUUAUUUCAACUCCACACUUUCUUUCCUUUGAAUCAAAAUUAA